AUGUUGCCUCAUGUUUCACAUCUUGUUCAUGUUGCCUCAUGUUUCACUUUUUGUUCAUGUUCCCUCAUGUUUCACUUUUUGUUCAUGUUGCCUCAUGUUUCACUGUUUGUUCAUGUUGCAUCAUUUUUCACUUCUUGUUCAUGUUGCCUCAUGUUUCACUUCUUGUUCACGUUGCCUAAUGUUUCACGUCUUGUUCAUGUUGCCUCAUGUGUCACUUCUUGUUCAUGUUGCCUCAUGUUUCACGUCUUGUUCAUGUUGCCUCAUGUUUCACUUCUUGUUCAUGUUGCCUCAUGUUUCACAUCUUCUUCAUGUUGCCUCAUGUUUCACUUCUUGUUCAUGUUGCCUCAUGUUUCACAUCUUCUUCAUGUUGCCUCACUUUAA